AUUGUUGAGGAAAGAAACCAUCUGGAAGUGGGAUAAGGACUGCACAUCUACUAUGAAGAAGUUAAAGCAGGCACUAAUAGAAUAUCCAGUCCUUAAGGUAGCCGAUCCGUCCUUACCCUUUGUCGUUACUACGGAUGCUAGUCAGUACGGCAUAGGUGCUGUGUUGCAGCAAGACGAUGGCAAUGGUUAUAGGCCUGUAGAGUUCAUGUCUGCUAGGAUGCCUUCAGAGAAGGUUGCGACAUCUAACUAUGAGAGGGAACUCUACGCUCUCAAGCAAGCAUUAGAACACUGGAAGCAUUACUUGCUUGGGAGGCACUUCAAAGUCUAUUCCGACCACGAAACGUUAAGAUGGUUGAAGACGCAGGCCAAGAUGAUACCCAAGCUUACUAGGUGGGCCGCAGAGAUAGACCAGUAUGAUUUUGAGCUCAAGCCAGUCAAGGGAAAGUAUAAUGUAGUUGCGGACGCAGUGAGUAGGAGAGCUGACUACUUUGGAGCAAUAGUUCACUAUCUGGACAUCGGGAAAGACCUUCAGCAAAAGGUCAGAGAAGCGUACGCGCAGGACCCCAUCUAUAGUGACCUUCUUAAGAAAGUAGAGGAGGCCCCAGAGACUGAGCCAGAUUAUCGCACUACCGAAGGAUUGCUCUUCGAGAAGACUAAUGUAGUUGAUCGAUUGUGCAUUCCCAAUAGUGAAGAGAUCCGCAGUCUGAUCUUAGGAGAAUGUCACGACACAGAGGGUCAUUUUGGUUGGCAAAAGACUCUAGCCAAUCUAAUGCACGCGUACACUUGGUCGGGUGUGAAGAAUGACUGCAUAGAGUAUGUUCGCAGUUGUAAAGUCUGCCAGCGGAAUAAGAUCACUACGCGUGCCCCGCUAGGUCUUCUCAGACCCUUACCUAUCCCUGAUCAGCCCGGAGAUUCAGUGUCCAUCGACUUCAUGGACGCGGGCGUCAAGAGUAGACAUGGCAAGAGCCAAGUCAUGGUGAUAGUCAAUAGGUUUACUAAAUACGCUGUUUUUGUUCCUUUGCCUUCAGAGGCACGAACAGAGUUAGUCAUCCGUAAGUUUUUUUAUCAUUGGGUCAGUGAGCACGGUGUCCCAUUGUCCAUAGUUAGUGAUAGAGACACCCGGUUCACGAGUCAGAACUGGCAGGAGUUGAUGAAAGUCUAUGGCUCUAAGUUGCUAAUGUCAUCUAGCCGUCAUCCAGAGACCAACGGUCAGACCGAGCAAAUGAAUAAGAUCCUACAACAAGCUCUGCGAAUGUACAUUAGACCAGAUCAGGUUGACUGAGAUGAGAUGCUUCCCAAGGUAGCCAGUGCCUACAACAAUAGCAUGCAUCGGUCUACGUGCCGCACUCCCAAUGAACUGCACGAGUCCUU